AUGGCCGACAGAAACUCGCGACAAGCUCCUCCGCCAGGCGCCCCGAGACGGCAAGUUCGUCGCAACCUCUUCCAAGGCCUCACAAGACGCCCGACAGGCCCAACAGGCGCGCCCGCGACGACUACUGCGACAGGCGCAAGUACUGGAGGUAUGGCUUCAGCGGCAGCACCAUCUUCGUCCGGCAACUCGGCCGAGACGCUGCGUCUCGAUGUUGAUGUACUUUCUGACGGCGGCGCGACACCGCAAGGGCCAUUGGAGAUUGUGGUGCGCGACGAGCACGGAGAGAUCGAGCUCGGAGAGUUGCCGACGCUGGUGUUUGAUGAGGCGGACGAGGCGGCCUUAGAUGAUCGGGAAGAGAGCAAGAAGGAGCGACAGCGGCUUGCGGAAGCUGUGAAGCAGCAUCAGCAGGUCAGCCAUACUGCAGUCCGUGAGCAGCCUGAAGAACUCCUCGAAGCUGUGAGAGCCAGUCUGCGAGCCAAAGUUGCUGCUCUCGCCGACGACAAUUGGAAGUACGAGGCUGAGCCGGAGCCACCCCGUGCGUUUUGA